AUGGUGAUCGACUUCAGAAAGAAGAGUAAGCCUUCACAGCCACUGUGCAUACUGGGAGAGGAUGUGGAGGAGGUGGAGGACUACAAGUACCUGGGUGUGAAAACACCAACGCUGUACAGGAAGAGGAUGAGCAGAAUCUACUUCCUCAGGAACCUGAGAUCCUUCAACAUGCGCAGCAAGAUGUUGGAGAUGUUCUACCAGUCUGUGGAGGCCAGUGUUCUCUUCUUCACUGUGGCUGAUUCCCCAGGUCCGCACCAAAAGCCAGCUGCCAGGCGCCAGCCGAGUCGACCCGCGGCUCCGGGCGGGGGAGCCGUGGGUCCGCGGCGGGGGAGAUCCGCGGGAAGGGCCCGGCGCGCAUCCAGAGUCGCCACCGCCAACCCGACCCCCUCCGAAACCGACCCGCCUUCCGCGGAGGCGUCGGACACCGCGCCGCGGAGGAACCCCCACGACCCCCGGGAAGAAGGUCUCCCUGACCCGGCCGCGCCUCGCGGCGCGGUGGCGGGGCCGGAGUGGGCCAAUGCCCCCCGGGGACGAGGGAUACCCGCGAGGCGGGCCGCGCGGGUGUAUUUAGCUCACGUCUGCUUUGGAAGUGAGGUCCACCGCGGCAAGAUGGCCGCCAGCUGGCACGUCGGCUCCAAUUCUCAGCAGCGUGAAUGGGGCGUCUACGUAUAUGACAUCCGAGAUUGUGUCUCAGUGACUGGUGGAGACCUGACCGUGGUGGAGGGACAUGAUGUUACUUUACCCUGCAAGAUGACUGAGCAGGAGAAGAGACUCACUCAGAUAUCAUGGAGAAGGAAGACCAGAGGAAUGCCUGGGAAUCCUUUUUUUUUCGCCAUCGCAGAAGAAAACAGUCCAAAAUUUGUCGAUGGUCCUGAUCCUCGAAUCAGUUUCAUUGGGAAUUUUGCAGAGAGGGAUGGAACUCUACAAAUAUCCAAUGUUUCGUUAAAUGAUGAAGGAAGCUACACGUGUAUUUUUUCUUUGUUUCCCAGUGGAAUUUACAGUACAGAAAUACCUCUACGAGUAGAAGUCCCUCCAGCUACAAGCCUCAACUCCACCCUUCUUGUUUUGGGAAAUGAAGAAGUUCUUCUUGCCACCUGCACAGCUGCUGCCUCCCGGCCCGCUGCGCAGCUGCGGUGGAUCACUGGCGCUCUUGAGAAGAAUUUAAGGGAAACGACCAGCGUCACGGAGCUCGAUAAUGGAACCACGACCACGGUGUCGUCGCUGUUUGGAGUGCCGAGGAGAGAAAUCAGCGGUCAUGAAGUGCAGUGUGUGGUCAGCAGCUCGGCCCUGGCAGAAGAACACCGCGAGGCUUUCACCUUACAGGUCUUCUUUCCCCCCAUGAAGGUGACCAUUGUAGAAACGUCAGAUGACACCCUUGAAUGUGUUUCUGAGGGAAACCCAGAGCCGAGCGUCAGGUGGACCAGAUCUGACAAGACUUUACCCGAGUCUGACUUCAGAGUUGAUGGUGGGAAGCUGACGUUUCUACGAUGCGCUUCUGAUCUGAAAGGCUUCUAUCAGUGUGAGGUUUCAAACCCAUACGGACAACAAAGCCAGCAGUUCUACUGGACUGUAUGUUCAGGAUCCAACCCUGCUCCUUGGAUCUUAUUUGGUCUUUCGCUUUUCCUGAACGUCAUCGGUGCAGUGUGGUACUUGUAUAAAUCUGGAUACAUUACAAGAUCCAGUGGGGUCCUCAGGGUUCCAAAUGAUUCCAACUCAGCAGAAAUGGUACCAGGCACUGGGAGAGGAAGGGAUUCUUCCAGCUCACAUGAAAUGGUCCCUCAGUGAUGUCUGCGGCUUCCUGAUGCAAGAAGCUGAAAGCAGGUUGAAGGGAAGCUUGCUGUCGUCGUAUCUGUGGCUUUUAACUGAUGUAAAAUUAAAAUCCGAUUGCAGAGUUUGGCAACCUUUUAAAUUCUAGUGUAGCGAACAGCUGAAUGGUAGUUAUUCCCUAUUGGAACAAUAAUAUAAAAUACGAUGAGUAAUUGAUCAC